AUGGAAAAUGAAGUAAAUAAAGUAAAAAUAAAGUUUUCUGUUAAGAGGAAUGUGAGAGUCGGAGAUAUGAAGCAAAUAAAUAGGUUUUUUAUUCGUUUUAGUAGCAAAUUAGUAGCUACAGAAAGCUUUCCAAAAUAUAUUACUCCAUUAAAAUUUAAGCUAGCUGUGAGUUCUACUGUUAUGAAACAUUUUAUCAAGAGCAUACAUUAUUUCCCCAACUCUUAUAAUCCUAACGGAAAUUUUAGACAAUUUGUCAAAUUCAAUGGUACGGUAGAAUGCAGUUUACGUACUUCAUAUUGCUACUUCCUGUACUACAUGCGUCCUUGA